ACGUCCCCGUGGUGUCCGAGUUCUACCGGCUGCGAUGUGUUACGCGCCCCUGCUUUAGAAAAAAACAGAGAAGGAAAACUUCAUAGAAAUGGCGGAGGGUGCUACGACUCUCAAAGGCUUGCGAGCCCAAAUGGCUGCAGCUGCACAGGCACAAGCCGAGGAGCGGCGCAGCCUGGCAGGGAACAGCCCAGGACCUACAACCAACGCACCAGCUAAACCUCAGGGGGGGAGUAGGCCAGUCAUUGACGGUGCAGCACUUAGAAUAGACGACCGGCUGCGAGUGGCAAAAGAGAGGCGAGAGGAGGCAGAGAGACAACAGGUUUUGCGAGACUCUCAGAUCAUGGAGCGGGAGCGCAAGGCCAAGAUGCAAGUGGAGCGUCAGAUGGAGGAGCGUCAGAAAAAGGUUGAUGAACAGCGAAGAAAGGAGGAGCAGAAACGAUUGGCUGUGGAAGAGAAGAGGAAGCAGAAACAGGAAGAGGAAAAGGAGCACUACGAGGCAGUGAUGCGGCGGACAUUGGAGCGCAGUCAGCGAGUGGAGCAGAGGCAGAAAAGAUGGUCCUGGAGCGGACUGUCCACAGACUCAGAUGGACGAACAGGAGACUGUGAUGCCGGCACCUCAUCUCCAGUAACUAUAGUUAUCUCCUCUGCCUCGCCAGAAAAGCCACCAAGGAGUCAACAAGUGGACAAACGCUCCACAUCCACCAUGAACCUGAAACAGCUGUCCGAGGCUGGCAUCAGCAAACGCCUAUCCUCCUCCUCUGCCACCCUUAUCAAAUCUCCUGACAAAAGUGUUAAGCCGAGGAGUUCGUCUUGUAACCGGUUGCCUAACAAUGGCAAUGCUGCUCAGGCCAGUAAGGAAGAUGGCAAAAAACUUCAGGUGGAACCGACAGGCCGUUCCGUCAGGAAGAGAAGUUCCUCCCUCACACGAGUAAGUGUGGGCAGAGCACAGACCCCCGCCAAGCCUGAUAAGGGGACAACGGAUGAUCAAGAGUGUCACCUGUGUCCUCGCUCAGCCUCUGCCAGUCCCCUGCAUCCACCGCGGGGACCCGUGCGCAGCCGCAGCAUUGACCGGCAGAAGAGCAGCAUGACCACCUCUGUGUCGGCCGACGGAGCCCUUGACCCUUCACUGAAAGACAAGCAGUUUACAUCGCCUGGAGGUCAACGUCCUGCCUCCCCAUCUACUACCAUGGGACGCAACCGUUCACCAUCCCCAGCCCCCAAUCCAGCCCCAAAGAGGACCCCCUCCCCAACAGCAUCCAAGCAAAAUCCUAAGACACGCCCACCCUCACCGAGUGCAAUGAAACAACGCCCCCCAUCCCCCCAGCCUACAUCAGCCAAACCUCCACCUAUCCAGAAACCAGCUCUCACUCCAACAGGGGCCCCCACCUUGCGAAAGAGGGACUCCAAGUCCAAGGAUCUGUGUCCGGUCCAGGCUGUCUCCCCACAGUCCUCUGAUUCCAGCAAGACCAAAGAGAAAGAUGACUCUAAAUCCUCGACGGGCACCAACUCGGCCGCUGAGGCAGCCAAGAUCCUGGCGGAGAACCGCAGACUGAUGCGGGAGCAGAAAGAGAGAGAGGAGCAGCUCAGGAUACAGAGGGAGGAAGAGGAGAAGCUGAGAAAGGAAGAAGAGAUGCGUUUAGCGGAGGAGGCUCGACUGAAACGCCUAGAGGAGGAGAAGAAACUUGCAGAGGAGAGGAAAAUUAAAGACGAGGAAGAUGCUCGCCUAGCAGAGGAGGAGCGGGUGAGAAUGGCAGAAGAGGAGGCAGUGAGACAGGCCGAGCUCCAGAAGGAACGGGAGGAGGCUGAGGCCAAGGCCCUGGAGGAGGCAGAGAGAGUCCGCCUGGAGAGAGAGCGCAUCAUGCAGCAGAACCAGCAAGAACGAAUGGAGAGGAAGAAGAGAAUUGAAGAGAUAAUGAAGAGAACAAGGAAAGGGGAGCAAAAUGACUUGAAGAGAGAUGGCGAUAAACAGGAGGAUGACGAGGGAGACGAGGGAGAGGACUAUGAAACCCAGAGCCAGACAGAUGACCUCGGCAUGGAGGAUGACAAAGAUGAGAGUAGUCUGUCCUUUGGUGAGCCAGUGGCACAACGAGAGGAGCCCCUGGGCAGCGUGAACGGAAAACCAGAGACGGACGACAAGGAGAAUAACAAUGGCAUAAGCACAGAUGAGACUCAGGCAGUAAGUCCAGUCCCUAAGGGCCGCCUCGUCGAGGGCUCGGAGUUCCUGAAUGAGCAGGACUCCGCCAAGGUGGGGUUGGUCUCAGGUCUCAACGGUAAAUCCAACCAGUGGAGCUUUGAGGAACUCAUUGACCUCAACGUCCACUCCAAGACUCGGCCCCUCAUCGAGGCAGAGGACUGUAACCAGGUCUUGAUCAACUGUGACGGGAGCUCAGAUGGGACCAGGGUAGCCUUCGAGGACAAGGGAACCCCCGUCAACACCCUGCUUUCCCCUAAUCAGCCCAUAGAAGCUCUGUCAGAGAUUUGAUGCUGCAGCCGUCGCUGAGAAGCCUCUUACUGUUGCACUUGUAAAGUUCCUGUCCAGCUGAGCUCCUUAAAAGAAAGUCCUCUACCAGUUCCAAACAGCUUCCUGCUUUUUCUCCUCUUCCUACUAGGGAGGAGCACAAGGUGAAGCGGAAAGACCACCCCAAGUGCUACAUUUGCACCCCACAUUAUGAGGAAACAAAUAUAUUAAAACAAUUAUAUAUAUAUAUAUUAAAAAUAUGCUUCAGGGAAAGUCCAUAUAUUCCUUCAACGUGCUCGCUUCAGGUCUCUUUCCUCUUCCUCUUGUGUUUAGUUCUCCAGAUUUGUUUUUGUCUAUGUUGUGUCCAAAUUUGAUGAUGUUUUUUAAGAGUUGUGUCUUUGUCAGGGGUGCAUUUGUUGUAAUUUAUUAAUUUUGGCUUUUUUGUUAUUGUAAUUAUUGUUAUUAUAUGUUUAGUCUUUUGUUUUCUCUUUUAUGAGAAUAUUCCAGAACACAUGCACAUUAAGCGGUGUGAAUUGAAUAUUGUAAGUUAAAGGAAGGAGCGUUAAUACAGUCUGUUCUGCCGGGGUUUGGUGGGGGAUAGCAUCCCAAGUUUCGCAUGUGAUUCAUCUAAAUUGACUUGACCGGCUGCUUUUUGCAGCAUCCAGCAAUAUGGCCUUACCAUUUUUUUCCCAACUUCAAAUUUUUGUGAAUAUUAUAAAUGUCUUGUGCUGAAGCUAAUACAUGCACAGUUUAGUCCGUCAUGUGCUUACACAUGGGACUGGAUCCUGUAUUCAUACUUUACUUCACUUCAUAGAGCUCUGUCCUCCCUGUCUCCCAGCUUCUCUCACCGCGUGUUUCCUUCUCUGGCCUGUAGAGGGCGUCAGGAGCACAACUCCAACUGUUACAUUUAAAGCUGUAUAGUGUGGAGAUGAAUUCACAACACUGUAGUGAAUUGACAUGUAAAGUGAAGUUUCUGCAGUUUGUUCAUUUAGGGCUCACUUAGGUUUUCUUAAUUUUUACAUAUGUAUAUAGAAUUUGUUUACUAACAUCAUUGUAAUUUACGUCAGAAUCUGAGUUGCAUUCAGUUUUAGUCUCCUCUCCACCAACUGCAUCUGCGCCACACAACUGUUGAAUAACCAUAACUGCAACAUACUAUCUUAACCGUUGAAGUCCAUUAGUUUAAUUCCAAGCUGCUUCUGAGCUUCUUAAGGCGGUAUGUGUUUGUUACUGAAUUGACCUUGAAUGUUCGGCUGAAACAAAAAAUCCGGUUUCCAGUUGUCUGGUUUUAACUCGAGCUUUACCAACACAGCCACACAAACAUUUCCAUCCAUCCCUCUGUCUGUCCAGCCCUUACAUCAAUUACAUUUAUUAACCAUUAACUGUCAAAAAAUACCCAACACACUAGCUGCUACAUCCGACAAAAUGCAUUUCAAUUAUUUUGUAUAAUAUACAAUUUGGCUGUUUCUUUAUAUAUGAAAAUACAUUUCUACAUAUAUUUAAGUGUUAUUGUGUUGUGUGUGUGUAUAUAAUCAGUAUUAGGCAAAUUAAGCCAUGUUUAGGGGUGGCGUCAGGAUGUGGAUAAUUGAAGUCUCUGUCUAUGUGGCUGUGCUAUAAUACGUUAGGUUUCUGUUCAACUCGUGGCCUGUGACAGUGUAGUCAGGUUACAUUUGGGCAGCCUGGAAAAAUUUACAUACAGCCCUCUUCCACAUGAGGAAGCAAAGAAACUAGGGGCCAAGUGGUGACCCACUAUACAUUUCUCAAGAGUGUGUGUGUGUGUGUGUCUGUGUGUGAGUGAGAGUGAGAGUGAGUGAGAAGGCUUUAGCACCAUAUCCCCAAGCCCUGAUUCUGAAGAUUGCCUCACAGAGACUAAACAAGUUGACAUUUUGAUGGUGAGUUGUUACAGCCCUGCGCAACAUGUCUGACCCAUGAUCAGAGUAAAGGCUGUGCCUCUUUAUGAUGCUUUUAAUGUCAUCAAAAUAUGUUUUAUAAUAUGUCAAAGGAUGUCGGGUCUUAACUAUUCUACUUUGUAGUAUGAGGCAGGGUUCAUCCACCAAACAAAAUAUGACACGAGUCAGACUUUUUUUCUGUCUCUUCUGGAUAUUUCAUGAACUGUAUUGAAAUCUUGAAAUUGCCUGUGCUUGAAUAGUCCGAGCACGAGGUUUGUGGACCUUGAUUUUUGCCUUGUUCUCUGCUGGUUAACGAAAAUAUCUUUUGUACAUAAAGACUAGGGGCUUUAGAUCUUAGCUUUGAUUAAUAAGCUCAAAGAAUGUAACAGACUGCAUAAACCGUCCACCAUUAUUUACCAUGUCUCUCAGAGCUGCCCGCCUUUUGACUUUCAUCUAUUACUCAGUUAGAAAACAUGAGACUCUUUGCACUGUCACAAAUUACUCUCUAUGUUUAAUGAAUGGUUACCGAGGAGUAGCUUUACUGUACAGACUCGUAGAAGACUUGUGUGAUAUUCUGGACAAACAGAAAAAGUAAUUUGUCUCAUUCAUAACCCAAAACUUGCUUAUACCCAAACCUUUCCUACUCCUUCUUCCACUCAUGAGUAGCACCUGUUGAGGGGCUGCUGCUGUUGUAGCUGCUGAUUGAACAGAUACUGUAUCUAUUCAAGGUCCCGCUGCAUCUUUGAGGGCUCGACUACAGAGCUGACUGCUCUUAGUCCUCAACAUUGUCUAUAACAAUAGGGUAGAACGGUGCCUUAGAUUGAGAUUUAGUAUUUUUAUUGUAUCACAGUUAACUAAGAAAGCUUGUCCUUACCUCGGCCUCGACAAUCAGUCUACCUGACCAGGGCGACUUUGUGAAUAUGAAUAUUUCUCUGGAAGAUUUACAAACCUAACAACGCCCUGUCCACAAGUAAGAUUUGUACUGUAAAUAUAUCUAAAAUGUACUGAGAUGAUACAAACUGUUGAAACAAAUAAAGUCUUGCAAAAAUA